GCUCUUCUCCAAUUACGUAACGCGAAGAAUUACGGGUGCUGGAGCCAACGGAAGCCGUUUCCGCAAAACGGUAACGUGUGUUUUCAACAAGAAGAGACUCGAUUCCCUUUGUGUACAAUGGGUCGUCGCAAAUCCAAAAGAAAGCCUCCUCCAAAGAAGAAGAUGACGGGGGAUCUGGAAACUCAGUUCACAUGUCCUUUCUGCAACCACGAGAAGUCAUGUGAUGUCAAAAUGGAGAGAAGCAGAAACACUGGGAUAAUAUCAUGUACAGUCUGCUUGGAGGAGUUCCAGACCCCCAUUACCUAUCUGUCAGAGCCAGUUGAUGUGUACAGUGAUUGGAUAGACGCCUGUGAAGCAGCCAAUCAAUAGAACUCAUGAAAAUGGUUAGAAACAGAGCGCAGUUAAGUUCUACCCACACUGAAGAGGAAAACCUUUUUUUUUUUUUUUUGGGCAUUGCUUGGUGCAUGCUUGUCAUUUGUUCCUGUUCACAAAAAGCUGUCAAUUGCCCGAAGGCCGCUUUGCAGGUUCUUGAACUCUUUAUAAGCUGCCAAACAAAAAACUGAGCUUGAAUCUGCAGCAGAAAUGGGGGAAAAUGUGCAACUACUGAUAAAUAAAAUAUCCAAAUGUCAAAUUUGUGGGUACUCUGUUGCCAACACAUACCUAGCAUUAACUUUCUAACAGCUAACUAGACAUGGAUGCUACAAUAAUUAACCUGAUAAUAAAAGCUAAUCUAUUUUAGCUAGCUACAGGCAUUUUGUUGCAUAUUGUGAGGCCGGCUGUUUUCCUUCUAGCAGGCCUGAUUUUCAGAGUAUGACAUGUUGCGCUUUGUCUCCACACCUGUCAGAAAGGUGGUGAAGAGUUCUCCCCUUUCUGUUUAAGGUUUCAGCUCACAACUCUAGUUUUGACUCUUGAGAUUUAUUACAUAAUUUGUUCUGUGCACUGUACCCUGAUUUAUCUUCACACAUUUAGCAGAGCUGUCUGUUUUAAAAAUACAGCUUUUUGGGGGUGGGGGGGACCUAACUGGUGAUCAUCUAGGUCCAUUCUUUUAAAAUAAAGUAUUUUGCAUUGAAAAAAUGCUUCCAGGUAUUUAGUUUCUAACUGCUAGAGCUAUCUAAGAAAUACAAAAGAUUAUGCAAGCGAACAUAUCCACAUCUUAGCAUUUGAAUAUUUUAAUAUGAAUAUUUGUAUCAUGAAAGAAACUAUGAAUAUGGUGAGUAGGUUGAUUUUAAAAUGGACAACACUUGAGUAUUAUUCCUACAGUUUUUCACAGUCUGACACAAGCAACACGAUCUAGUUGAAGAGUAAAAAUGGUCUUUUUUUAUGAUUUAUACACUCUGGGUAUGAGGAAUCUUGAGCCGGAUGUUUGUUCAGUCCAACUGCAGUGCUGGAAAAUGUCACUGAAAUAGCUAAUCAUGAGCUUUGUGUGUAUGUGUGUGUGUAAUCUAUAAUGAUUACUCAGAUUUAAGUAUGAUGUUACAGAUUCUGGUCAUAAUGCAGUCACUCAGACAUCUGUGUCACAGCAUUAGGUCAUUCCACUCUGGAGAGGAACAAGAUGUUCAAGAUUCACGCUGAGCUGCUGAGUUCAUGAGUUUUGAAAUGUUUUUAAUCCAUUCAGUUUCUCUGUUUGUGAUGUCUUCAGGUUAUAUGUUCAUGAAAUAAAAUAAUUUUAAGAAGCAUAAA